AUGACUACACAAGCACCAGCCAUGACCACACAAACACCAACCUUCACCAAACCAAAACGCCCCCUAACCUGGCUAAUAACAGGCUGUUCCUCAGGCCUGGGCCUCUCACUGGCCCGCACGGCCCAAUCAAACGGCCACACGAUAAUCGCAACAUCACGACAACCCUCUCGCACCCCAGAGCUAGUGUCCGAGAUAACCCAAAACGGGGGCGAAUGGCACGCACUAGACGUUGACAGCCCAACCGCAGCUUCUGAGCUGGUAUCGAAGCUCGAGUCUGCAGGACACACGAUCGACGUGCUGGUCAACAAUGCCGGAUACGCGAUCCUCGGGGCAGUGGAGCAGUUCUCGGACGAGGAGCUGCGGGCCCAGAUGGAGACUGUGUAUUUUGGGCCGAGUCGGCUGAUCAGCGCGGUUGUGCCUGGGAUGAGGGAGAGGCGGUUUGGAGUUGUUGUUAACGUUAGUUCUGGGGCUGGGCUGGAGGGGAGGGAGAGUAUGGGUGCUUAUGCGGCGGCGAAGGCUGCUAUGGAUGGUUUAUGUAAAGUGCUCGGGAAAGAAGUUGCACCAUUCAACGUCCGCCUCCUGACGGUGUGGUUGGGAGCGUUCAACACGCAGUUCGGGACUGGUUGUCGUUCUCCUGCUAAGCCUUUACCGGUGGACUAUGACGACUCUGUGGCUGCACAGAUGCUGGAUGUUUUACUGACUGGUAGAUUUGUUGCUGAUGGUGAUAAGGAUAAGGCUGCCAAGGCGAUGUAUGAAGUUGUCGUUGGCGAGGGCGUUGGUGCUGGGCGUGAGAGUGAGGGGUUCUUGCCUUUGGGCCGGGAUAUGAUUCCUCGUGUUGAAUUGGUGCGUGAUCGGCUAAUUCAUGCGCUUGAUGUGUUUGGGGAUAUUGCUGGGAAUGUCUAUGUUGAGAAGGAAUGA